AUGACAUCAAAACAAAGAAAUCAAGUUGAUUAUCUUAUAAAUCUACUAGGUAGGAAAAGAUCAAUAAUUGAACAAGAAAUUGAAUCAUCAUCAGAAGAAGAAAUAUAUACAAACUUAUCUCAAAAAGAAAUGCUAGAACAAUUAUCAACGUUAUAUGGUUGGCAAAUGUCAAAACCACACUUAAAAGCUUCACUAUAUGAAUCAAGUACAACAAUACAACAAGAUGAAGUUACAAAUGAUAUAUUGGAGAAUUACUUAAAUAUCACCCAAUUAGAUAUUAAAUCUGAUCAACAUGUAAAUUACGUAUUAAAAUGUCUUAAUUCAAAAUUACCAAGUUAUUAUAAAUCAUUAGAUGCAAAUCAUCCUUGGAUGACUUAUUGGUUAAUUAAUUCAUUUUAUACUAUAAAAAACCAAUCAGAACCUCAGAAAAAAUUUAAUGUCUUAGAUCAAGAAAUAAUUGAUUUAAUUAAUGCUAAAAUAGAAACUUGUAUUAUUGAAGAUGGUCAAAAGGGAAUAUCAGGUGGUAAAAAUCAAAUUGGUCAUGUUGCUUCAACAUAUGCAGGUGUUUUAACAUUGGUAUUAACUAAAAAUUAUACACUCCUUAAGAAGCUCAAAAGUAACAUUUACGAUUGGUUAAUGAGUCUUAAAAUCCGUAUAAAUGAUGAUCAGUCAGCUUUUAUAAUGCAUGAGAAUGGAGAAUAUGAUACAAGAUCAACUUAUUGCGUUUUAGUGAUUGCUACUUUAUUAAAUAUCAAAACUUCCGAAUUACUUGAAGGUGUUGAAGAUUGGAUAUUGAGUUGUCAAACUUAUGAAGGUGGUUUUGCUGGGAUACCAAAUACUGAAUCUCAUGGAGGUUAUAAUUUUUGUGCUAUAGCUUCAUUAUUUUUAAUAAAUUCAGAUCCACAUCAAGUUUCAAAAAAGAUUAAAAAUUUGGAUACUUUUAUUAAAUGGAAUUGUGAUAGAAUAACAGAAGAAGGUGGUUUUAAUGGUAGAUCAAAUAAAUUAGUUGAUGCAUGUUAUAGUUUUUGGAUUGGGGCUGUAUUCCCCAUGAUUUCGGUAAUGGUUGGUCAUAAUCUUAUGAAUAAAGAUAGUUUAUUUAAUUAUAUUUUAAGAAUUUCUCAAAAUUUUGAAAAAGGUGGGUUUAAAGAUAAACCUAAUAAAUCUGUUGAUUUUUAUCACACUAAUUAUACUUUGAUGGGGUUGAGUCUUUGUGAAUAUGAGUAUGAAGUUGAUGAACUAAAAACUGGUGAUGAUGAUUGUUUGGCUCUAAGAUUUUUGGAGAAAACGACUGAAAAUAAUGAUGAUAAAUUUACUAAUGUUAUUAAUCCUGUUUUCGGAUUACCUAUCGAAUUUUUAAAAGAAAUGAGAGCUGAAAACAUUUAA